ACUUCCGGCGUCAUGUUUCUAUGCGAACUUCAAGUUUAUCCCGAGAUGAAAAAUACGGGGGAUAUUGUUAUCUAACUUUUUGUGUGAUUGUGUUACCUCUAUUCACCAGCUGAUAGCUAAUGAGGUGAUAAACCUAAACAUGUCUUCAAAUUCCAGAAAUCCAAAGGACAUCAGAUCCGUUGUGGAAGACAGUGAUAAGGACAUGUCUGAUAUGCAGAACAAUCUGUCCAAGCUGAAGGGUCUAUCGGCUGAUGAUAAGACAGAGAAAGCCAUGCUUCGUUCUCGUAUUGAUGAACAGUCUCAGCUGAUCAUGAUUCUGAAACAGCGAGCAGACGAAGUAGCUAACAAAACUAAAUCAGUGGACAGAAUCAAUGAGGAGCUGAUCGGCUUCAGAGAUUCAGCUAAAGACAUGUUAGAUGGUGAGACAAGAAAAUAUAACAUUCUCAACGCAAGGUUUGAUGACCUAGCUUCCAAUCAUCAAGAAAUGAUUAAGAUUAAAGACGAAUAUAAACGAGCAAAUAGAGACCUACGAGAGGAGAAUUCUCGUUUAAGAGAUGAAAAUGCUCGUAUAUUUUCUGGUGCUAUAGCUGAGAAGGAGGAACAGAUAAGUGAACUGGAGAAAAAACUUGGAAAUCUCAAGGACCAGUGCAGCACUCUGGAGCAUCGUAACAGACACAAUGCUCAAGAGUUCCGUAUGAAGGAGGAAGCUUUACAGGGAGACAUUAGGGCACUACAGGACCAAUACAAGAAGGAUAUGAAGUCUUUACAAGCCAAACUACAGGAGGCAGAGGAGAGGUUAAAAAGUGCUAAUUACAAGCUACAAACACAGACAGACUCUAAGAAAAGCAUGGAUGCAGAGACUCAGCUGAAGAUUCAGCAGCUGACCAAGGAGAAAGACGAGCUACUGGAUCUAGCCAUGCAGCGAGGCAAAAUUGUACAUAAAGAGCAGACAGAGAAUAAGAAAUUACAACAGAGGAUUGGUGAAAUGGAAAAGGCUGUGAGGAACAUGGAGGAAAAGUUUGAGCGAGAGGCAGCAGCUGUGAACUCUAACCUCCAGGUCAGGCGACUCCGAGACGAUCUAGAAGAUUCGUCCGUCAGAAACAAGGAAAUACAGAGUGAAUUUAAUGCAUAUAAGAAACACACGAAUGCCUUGUUGCAGAGAGAGCGUGACAUCAACGAGAAGUUACGCAACAUGGUGGGGUGAUAAAUCAUCCAGAGAAAGACUAUUAAUCCCUGCAUAAAAUUAUACCAAAAUAUUCCUGGUUUAUGGUUUGAACCUGUGGAGUGUUACCUAAUCAUCUAGGAAGGUCAUGCUGUCAUGAAAAGAUUGUUCAGUCAUUUGAGACAUUUUUUAAAUGAUAAGAAUAAUUUUGAUUUUGUCUUGCAUAAAUGUUUUGUUUCUCUAAAGUAAGUUCAAUCAACUAAUUUGGGAUAAACGAAUAUUGAAUUUUAUAGAACAAAGUGAAACUCUGAAGUAUAAUGAUGUAUGUGACUGUGUAUACAAUUGACCUGACUAGUUUUAAGAUGACUGAAAAUUUCAAAUCAUAGACUUGAAUGGUAACCUGAAGGGAAGGGGGUACAUAAUAUAUAUAAUUCACAGAAAAUGGAUAAGUGGCCUAAAGGUUAUCAAGGGAGAGU